GUUUUUGGUUUUUAUGUGUAUAAAAUAAACUUUUUUCUUUUAAAACUUUUUUUUAUCUUUUUCUCUUAUAAACAUACAAAUUUCAAAAGAAAAAAAAAAUGAUUGGUACUUGUUGUCUUAUUUUUAUUAUCAUCCUCCUUCCUCCUCUUGGUGUCUUCUUCAUGAAGGGUUGUGGUGCCGACUUCUGGAUCAACGUCUGUUUAACCUUGUUGGGUUAUCUUCCUGGUCAUAUUCAUGCCUUUUACGUUCUUGUCAAAGAAAGAGAAGAAAACGGUGCAAGAGCAACAAUCCAACAAGGCCAAACGUACGGUGCCGUGCCUCCCUCUUAAAAUUAACUUGUAACACGAAACUAAAUGUUACAAAAAUGAAUAUAUCUUUAUUCACACCCUUAUCUACUUUUUAAUAAACGUAAUACCUUUCUUCUUCUUCUCGUUGAUGUAUAAAU